AUGUCGAACAACGCCCUCAAACGCGAAAAUACAAGUGCGUCAGCAAAUGUCUUAAUGUGCCGACAAUGGUGGAAAGUGUGCUGGAUGUACGGUGAUCAAGAAAAGUAUUAUAGACAACUCUACGGUAAAAAAAGCGAACAAGGUGAUAAGAGUUCGAAAAAGGGUUUACAUUUUCAAAAUUUUUACGAAAACGCGUUAGCGGACCAGAAAAACGACGAUGACUGUACGUUGCCAGUGAAUGGUAGUUUUAGUAUAGAAGAAACAAGAACGCCUUCGCCAAAUAGAGAUGGAGAUAAUUCUCCAGGAUUUGCCAGUUUGAACAUAGCUACAGAUAUAGAUGAGUAA